GGGUUGAUUUGGACGUAGGUCGGUAAAUGACCUUGAUGAGACCUUCAAGUUGGAAUGAAAGACAGUGAGGGAGGGUUCUGCUUUCGAACACCUCUCCCAGUAUCUGGAUCACAGGACGGAACAUCGUUUUGUUCUGAAGCGAAACGACCUAGAUUGUGUCAUACAUCAUCACGUGUUUCAAGUGUUUACAAUCGUAUUUUCGAUCGGAAUAUUAAUAGCGCAAAUAAAGAUAACGAAAGUCAUUCAGCGUCGAACGGGUCUUUCUUUGGAAGCCUGUUACCGUUUGCCGGUUUUAAAUCACCAAUUCAUCCUGGUGAUGUUUGUCACUACUUUCUUCAAAGUUUACUACCAAAUAAUCGUACACAAGCUUUGAAAAUGAAACAGUCAGCCGUGUUCAGCUCCACACCGUUAAAUGGAAAUGUAAAGCCUUCUUUAAAAAAUGGUCACAUUCCUUCUCAAAGGCUAAUGUAUCAACGACUGUUAGAUAAAGCAUCAUUUCCUCGGACUCCUUGUGUUAAACGGUCAAGCAGUCUCAGAGAAACAAUCACUAUAGAUUUGGACGAUGAGAAUAAAAGUCAGCGUUUUUCGCUAUUACGAAGAUGUAAUCUCUCUCCAGUUCUUGCAAAUAACAAUAAUAAUAAACUCCAGUCGUCAGUUGAACAAGCUGGUGUACAUGAUCGUACUGUAGUAGCAGCUGUCUCACCAGAUACUAGUGAUUCAGAAGUACGUGCAUGGCUUGAAAGUUGUGGAGAGUCACCAUAUCUAUCAGACAGUUGGCUUAAAAAUUUAACUGCAAGUUAUCGUGAUAAAAAGAAGGAACGUGAACGUGACUAUGAAUUAGCUCAAGCGAAUAUACAAUUUUGGGAGAAACAGCGUAAUUUAGCUGAAAAAGAGCGUAUUGACAAUCUUGAACAAAGACUUGCUUGUUUGUUAAGAACUCCACCUAUCCUUGAAGAUCCGUAUUUAGUCCCCCAACCUAUUCCUAUUGAAUUACCAUACAAACCCCUCAAAGUUAAAGAACCUAAAGUACCUAGUCUACCAGUUUUAACUGCACCUCAACUAGCUGAGGUUGAAGCAGCUCUUCGUACCGGCUCUCCAGAUCAGGUGUUAGCAGAUAAAUUCAGACUGGUUGUUACACGUCGUGAAUUAAUGACGUUAAGUGGUACAAAUUGGUUAAGUGAUAUGGUAAUCAAUUUCUACUUGCAGUUACUGCAACAUCGAAGUCAACGUCAAACAAAUCUACCUCGUCUCGCUGUCCUAUCAACAUUUUUCUAUGCAAAACUGACAUCACCAAAUGGUGGAGGUUAUCCUGGUGUACGACGUUGGACUCGUCAAAUGAAAUUGUUUGAUCAAGAUAUUGUACUUGUCCCUAUUCACGAUAGAGGCAUGCAUUGGUGUCUGUCUUGUAUCGAUUUACGCGCCAAAAGUAUAACAUACUAUGAUUCAAUGGGUGGGGGAAAUACAAAGUGCUUAAAACAGUUGAUGGAUUAUUUAAAAAAUGAGUCCUUAGACAAAAGAAAUGUCGAACUCCCGGAUUCAGACUCUUGGGAAUUUAUUAACACAGAGGUGAGUCAUUUACACUUGCUUUUAUAUUAUGUAAUUUGUAAUCAUCAGUGUGCGGAGUGUUACUCAGUCCCAUGA